ACAAGGCGUGUAAUAAAAUCCUUUUAAGCCUGCUUUACUGCACGAAGGUGGGGGUCAGUGGAUAGUAACAGUGUGUACUUUAGGCAUGUGGUGGUGUGACUGUGCAUCGAACUUGGUUGUUUAGGACGUCACUAUGCUGGCCUGUUGUCUCCCAGGCAAGAACAUAUUGAGAAAUUGCCCCAAUUUACUUGUUUAAAGUUAAGUUGUUCUUACAGCUGCCAGUUCAAUAACCAUAGGCCUGUCCUGUAUAGAUGUUGUAUAAUCGAAGGGUAGAUGAUCUACUCUGAGCGAUACAGUGAGAGUACUGCUGAGGCAGCAUAAAGCGGGAGCUUAACUCUAGCUGGAGAAGGUAAAGCCUUUCCUCCAACUGUUAGCGGCUCAUUGCCACUAUAGGCACGCGGACUGAAAGGUCAGUUCAUCUCAGAUGGGAUUUAUAAUUGCUAAACUUGUGUUUAGGUCACUUUUAAGAAGCUCAGAUGUAGAUGCUGGCAUUGGUCAGGAUGCUGGAAACUAAUUGUAUUGCUGUUCUUUCAUCGAGCAAAGAAUUUGGACGAUGUCAUCGUAACCAUACUUUGCUGCUAGUGUUUAUCUUCCUCCCGUUUCUGUGAUGCAUUCUGGAGCAAGAGAAGACAGCAAUGUGGAGACCACAGAGUGCUGUGGAUCGACGCAGGUCAGGACAAAAGGACAACAGACCUCUACAGCUAGUUGCCCACAGUCUAUCAUGGUGGUCCAUUCCACACCAACAGGGGAGAAAAUUCACUGUGAGAGCUACUUCAUAAAUACGAAGGACGCCGUGGCAGAGGCAUCUCCUGAUUCUGCACCAACCAGGAAACGCUACAAGAGCACAACGGAUAUUCGAGGCAGUUUUUGCUUGCUGCCUCCCUGCACUCCUGGAGUCACAGAUAAAGAGCAGAACGUCUGGCGGCGCUGUUCAUUGAGCGAGACCAACAAUGUCUCGCAAUUCCGUCGUCAUGCCCUCAGUGUCCCCAACAUGGGCUCCUCCAGUCCCCUUCAUUUCACCCACAGCAGCCCUCUCCACACCAGCCCACUCUCACCAGCACACAGCAACACAUCUAGCCCUGGAAGGGAAAUGGAGAGGCUUGCAAAGGCUCGAAGUAAACUCAUAGAAAGUGAAAGCAACCAAACACCCAGACUUCCUCCAGAAACCAGAGAGCAACUUCGCUACGUGUCCAAGGAUGGAAAGUGCAGAGUCAACCUCGGCCACAUUGAUGAAAGGGGGCGUUUUCUCUCUGAUAUCUUUACCUCUUUUGUGGACCUCCAGUACCGCUGGUUUCUAUUUGUUUUUAUGAUGUGCUAUAUUACAACCUGGUUCCUAUUUGCUGGCCUUUAUUAUGCUAAUGCAUCCAUUCGAGGUGAGUUGGGUCAAGAACAACCUCUUGGUACAACUCGGAACCAGCAUGUAGACCAAAAUCCCUGCUACUUGGGAAUAGAUGGUUUCAUAUCGGCCCUUCUGUUCUCCGUGGAGACACAGCGUACCAUUGGUUAUGGCUCACGGACUGUUUCCCCCACCUGCCACGAGGGUGUGCUGCUGGUCAUGAUGCAGUGCAUCGUGGGCUCCAUGAUAGAUGCCCUCAUGGUGGGCUGCAUGUUUGUGAAAAUAUCUCGUCCCAAAAAGCGAGCCGAGACGCUUCUUUUCAGCCGCACCUGCGUCAUCGCAAACCGCGAUGACCAGCUGUGCCUGAUGUUUCGCCUCGGAGACCUGCGCGAGAGCCACAUGGUGGAUGCAAAGGUUCGAGCAAAGUUAAUAAAGUCCCGCCAGACAGCUGAGGGGGAAUUUCUACCACUGGAGCAGACAGAGAUUGACCUCGGAUAUGAAACUGGAUCAGACCGCCUCUUCCUGGUUGAACCUCAAGUCAUUCAGCAUAAUAUUGGUGCAAGCAGCCCGCUGUGGGACCUGGGCCCGGAGCAGCUCCGACGACAGCAGUUUGAGAUCAUUGUUAUAUUGGAGGGAAUAGUCGAGGCCACAGGAAUGAUGUGCCAAGCCAAAACAUCUUACAUAGAAACAGAGAUUGAGUGGGGUGCUCGCUUUGAACCCUGCAUGACGCUGGAGAAAGGCUCAUUUCGAGUGGAUCUGCGCAGGUUCCACACCACAUACAAGGUACCGCUUCCAAACUGCAGCGCCAGCCAAGCACACCAGCUGAUGGUUCUGGUCGGGUGCAAAGUCCAAAGCCACACCGCCUGCAGGGAGUGCGAUGCCUGGGCAGAGGGAGCAGCUGAAGGAGGCAAAGAAAAGUCUCCGUCGAACAUUCGGUUUACCAUCGGUGACAUUCAGGAGGAAAGAAUGUCAGAAGGUAAUGAAAGUGAAGCAAGUGCUGAGCAGAUGCUGUGAUAGAAUGUUUUACAGGACUUUUAACAUCCCCCUUCUAUCCUUAAAUAUGCAUAGACCCGUUUAUUAAUAAAAACUAAAUAUUGUAUCAACAAACUCACUGCGUUUCCAUCCCCUUCUUUGUCUUUUUGGAAGCUAAUAAUCACAUUUGAGCAUUCCUUCAAACUCAAGUUAUUUCAAGUUUAUGUGCUGUGUUUUAGAUGCAGCUCGUGAUAACAGUGUUAGAAGGCUUGCCACUCAUAACUUAUUCAAAAAAAUCUGACUCUAGACGUACAAACUUUAACAAACCAUCAGCUUUGCAGAGAGACUAGACGUUAUUUUUCAGUCAUGGAUGUCAGUUUUAUCGGUGAGAUUU